UCGUGGACUUUCAGAAUACCCAGAGAGCUCCACAGGUGAUGACGGAGGCAAUAUCCCGUUAAGCGCAUGCGCUCCGUCCCACGCUGCCUAAAAUGAAUGGCGAAAAUCCCCGUUCUUGUCGACCAAAACAUAUCGACGUAUCAUCUCAUGGAGAUCAACACGUGUUUCGUAGGAACUAAGUAAUGCAAGCAAAGCAAGUCGGUCCAUCCCUAUAAUUGCAUCUGGCAUAUUGGAAGGGCGCAUCUGGUAUAAAACAGAUUACGUUGAGGAAGGAAAAAUAUUAGAGAGAAGGGCAUCUCCAAAAUGAUGUCACCAUCUCCUGAUCUUCGAAAUAUGGAAAAAUUUGGGAUUCAAUCCCUGAAUGCUUCUGAAGCAGGUUGGGAGCGAUAUGAUGAGGCCUUUUUGAAAGAACUUAUGGGAGAGGUAAAAGAAGAAGAAAAUGACAUGCGAAAAGGAGAGGAUGAUACUGAAUCUUCAGGUGAUGAUUCCAUGUAUGAGCCAGAAAGCUCAAAACGACGAAGAUCAAAUAAUCGAACGCACAAAAAAAGACGCUCUACGCUGAGUGCACGAGAAAGAAACCUCAGGCGACUAGAAAGCAACGAGAGAGAACGAAUGAGAAUGCACAGCCUGAAUGAUGCUUUUCAAGCGCUCAGAGAAGUCAUACCACAUGUAGCCAUGCAGAAAAAACUUUCAAAAAUAGAAACCCUCACACUGGCCAAACAUUACAUCAUGGCCCUGACCAAUGUUAUCUGCGAAAUGAGGGGAGAGGAUCGACCAUACCAACUAGCAUCUAAUCCAUCAGACGACAACAAGGAAGAAGUAGAUGUGUCCGACGCAACUCGAAGCACUUGAGAUAAUUGUUCUAUGUGUGGCCAGUAAUGGGUUAAAAAUUUUCUCUGACGCUCUGUUUGUGGCGCCAUUCCUGUCAUGUGUGGUGUAUUUUUCUGUAUUGUGUUAGUUCCUUGCUGGCAAAAGUGGUACAGCUUUCAGUCCAAGUGUCACUUAUGCAGAAAAAACUUUUCAUGAAGCCAUUGUUUUGUAAAUAGAGAUGAUUUUGCUGUAGUUCACGGGAUUUCAGAUGCUUAUAAAUAAGUUUAUUACAGCUUAAGCUUGUUCUGCUUCUACAGCAGGUAAUACCCUUCUGGAAUUCAUUGGUCGUUGCUGUUUGCUUCGUAUAUAAAGAGCUUGGAUAUUUCUUUAUUUUAUUAAUGUAAAUCAUUGUCUAGCUAUUUAUAUCCCUCUUGAAAGAUAACUACAAAAAAGUUAAUGCGUAUUAUAUGUAGAAAUAGGUUUAAUGUAAAUAUUAUAAUUAUUCAUCGCUUAAGGGGUGCGAGGUGGACAGAGAUUGAUCGAAGAAAUUGUCACUGCAAGAAAACAAUUUCGGUAAUAAUUGCUACUGAAAAAGGAAUUAAUUUAAUGAAGUAGCGUUUGGUAGUUUUUUUUCUUCUAUGUUUGCUUAAGAAACUACUAUAGAUUUAUAAUUAUAAAAAUAUUACGAUUCAUAAAUUUUGAUAUGAUAUACUAUAUGCGAGUCAUUUUCAUAAAAACUGUCAUUUUUAAGUCUCCAGGGUAAAUUAUGUACUUUUUAUGAGAGGAAUAUGUCUUCUAGAAUGCAUUUUAACGAAAUAAUAAUAAUAUGAUUACCAUUUUUAAAUUUUUAAGUAUAUUAACAUAGUAAAACCUCCGAAGAGCUGUCCAUGUGAUAGAUUUUAAGUAGUGGCCGUGUUUUGGAGUUAUUACCGAAUGUGUCGAUCAGAAAAAUAAAAAUAAAAAAUUACAAACAGUAUCAAACAAUAAAAAUAAAAAAUAUAUUAUUACUAACAAGAUGACUCAAAUGAAUAGUUAACUUACCAAAUAUUUAUAAUUAUUAUUGUAAUUUAUUACGAUGAUCUUUUUUUAUAAGAUGUCAUAGAUUUGAGUUUUUCCACAGCCAUUAUAAUGAAGCUAACUUUGGCGAGCUUAUUUCUUAUUUACUUGGAGGAAUUUUCGCUUGCGUUAAUCACUCAUAUUUCGAUUAUUUAUUUUCUUAAGUUCUUAUUCAGACGUCCACUCUUCCAGCGUCAAGAUCUUUAAGGGAUAAAAAUGAAAUUGCUCAACAAAUACUGCCCAGGCGCAAGCAUGCAUUAUUUCUUUCGCGUAAAUUUAGGCAAUUUUUGCGAACUAAUUAAACUGAAAACUUAUCGAUGAUGUAUCAUGAAUUACCGGUCAUUGUGCAUGUUAGAGCUAAAUUACACUGAUUUCUAGCAGACUACCCAUGAGAGAUGCCCUUUAUCUGCAGUAGUUAGAAUUGAACAGUCAAAACUAUUUCACUUCUUUAUGAACGCUAAAAUUUACUUUUAAUAACUUGAAUGCAAUAGCCAAUGGGUGAAAAUAUAUUUAGUAAUGAUCAGUUAAAAUUAUUGCAGACAAGAGAUGAAAAAUUGCAAGAAGGUAAAUAACAUACAUACUAAUACAAAAUUCAAGCUAGAAACCAGUAGCCAUUGUUCAGAAAUUAGUGUUCAAAGGUUCCUCGUGAUGCAAAUACUAUGAGCGACGCUCGAUUCCAGAAACAUAUAGUCGUGACUCUCGGUUCCAGAAACAUAUGGUCGUGACGCUCGGUUCCAGAAACAUAUGGUCGUUUAUCUGUGGUUACCGUUGUUUAGAGGGGGUCGUUAACGGAGGUUUUACUGUAUACCCAAAUAUCAUUCUUUUAUUGGCCACACUGUUGAUUCAAAAUUGAAGAAAAAAUUUUUAAAUUAUUUACCAAUUUACCUUUUCGUAUUUGUCAUUUCAGUUUACUGAACAUGCAAUUCGAAAAAUCAAUUUUAAAUUAAAUUUUUGACAAAAAAUAUUGCCAUAACGCAAUUUGAAAGUUUAUCCCUAUUGUGUUCUGCACUGUUUCUUACCAAAAACCUAGUAACCCACCAAACUUUCCAUAGAUUAAAAUCUAUUACUAAAAACUUAAAUGAUUAGCAAAUAGAACCACAAUUCGGAAUGCUUUCGUCCUCAUUUUACUGAAGAUUUGCCUCUAAAACUCAUUUGAAAAUACCAAAUCACAUAUUCGUCAUGGUUUCCUAUUUUUUAAAGUAAAAUAAAAAGAAGGGCCUAGAAAUUUAAUUAUUAUAGGUUAUUAUCAUGUUAUAAUAUAUUUAAAUUUGAGUUAUGUCAAAAAUCAGUUGACAAAACCUAACUGCUAUUUUUAAAUCUUAAUAAUUUUAUCGAUCUCUUACUAUUGUAGAAAAAGAGGAAACGAAGAGGAUUGGGGAAAAUUUCUAUAAUAGCUGCAGCCA